AAUGCAACAUUUGUUUACAUACUUUCUCCUACCUAGCUAGUUUGUGAUAGCUUUUUACACCGAAAAUGAGCAGCUCAGAAAUAGAAUAUCUAAAAGCGCAACUUGCUACUGCAAGGAGUGAAAUAAAAAACUUAAGACAACAACUCUCCAAUCUCCAGCACAUGCACACGAAAGAGCACCAGAACAUACUAAAGCUUUUGGACGAUUAUCGGUGCGAGGGUUGUAAGAUAAAACAGCAACAAAAUGGGCACAGCAACAAAACGGUUCGUAUCAAACAUUUAACAAAGAAGUCCUCCACGUUAAAUGAUUCCCCUUUCCUGCAGGAGACGAUAGUGGCGAAUGGUGACGAAACGGGUGUUGUCUGCCAAUUUAAACCCAUCGGUGUUAUAAAAACGGUGUUCAAUGAAAAGCGAGCCGUACCACGGCAAGCUAGUUUAGCGUCGGCUUUGCUGAGUAGAAUAGAUAUAUCAUCCAGUACGUUCAACAAUCCGGCACACUCACUGGAAGGGUUGGAAAACUUUUCGCACCUUUGGAUCAUUUACUACUUUCACCGCAAUCCUAACCAUGCAAAAGCGAAAGUGGCACCGCCGCGAUUAGGUGGCGAGCGUGUCGGAGUGUUUAGUACGCGAUCUCCUCACCGUCCAUGUCCAAUUGGACUGUCGCUGGUGCAAUUGGAUAGGGUAGAAGAUAACAAAGUGUUCUUUCUCGGUACAGAUAUGGUUGAUGGUACACCCGUUUUAGACAUUAAACCUUACAUUCCACAAUAUGAUGUACCGGUCAACAUGAAGGAAGCAGAAUUUCUUAACUCACGCGAAGCACCGGACGGAGAGGAAACGACUCUGCAGGACAAGCAGUCAGCCGGGACAAGUAAGAUCCAACCAAUAUCUGCUGUGACCGUACCCAAUUGGGUGUUGAAUAGUUCGAGCUUAAACGUAGUCUUUAACACAAAUGCUGAAUCUCAACUACAAGAGCUUCAAAUAGAAAAGAAUUCCAUCGUUGAUGUUCUAAAGGCUGAUCCUCGCUCUGUGUAUUUACGCACAAAGUAUGGUUCGCAAAUAUACACGUUUCGAUUGGGAGAGCAUACCGUGACGUGCAAAUUUGAUGAUCAAAACACAACCGUUACCGUCCUGCAGAUACGAGAUGUUGUAAACUUUCAGGAAUUUACUGGAGAAGGCGCUUCGUCAGCAGAAUAA